AGCGACUUGCUUUUCUUUCAGUUCCAGCAUCACCGUCAUCCAGUGCAGUUCUGACUACUAUCAACUAAGCGCGCGCCUGCGUUUCCUUGCCCCUCACAAGGGCGUAUUGACUUUUGUAUAAAAUAAUUUUUCACACACACACACAUACACACACUCAAGCGCAUACAUACACGCGACAUAUGCAAAUACAUUUAGCUGAUAAACGCGAAAACCAAGUAAAUACGCAUACACAGACAUGAAAACGGUAAAAAAUCGCUAAAAAAACUCGAAAUAUUUGCAAAACAUCAACGUAACGGUGAAAAAGUGUCGUGAAAAUAUUGCUGAAAGUGCGAAACACAGCGAAAAACUGAAAACUCAAGCGUCGCAUACACGUAUACAAAACGUAGCAUACUUUUAGGUGCACGGUGACUUCAGUCAUCAAUUAAAGAAGUUUUCAAUUGAAUUUAUUUAAUAAAAGUAAAAUUAUGGAAGAGUUUAUAAAGGAUGGACGCGCACCUAUGCAUAUUGCAUAUCUGCGUGAGUGCGGUAUAUUCGCCAAGCUUAAUGAAAUUUUUCGAAAACUAUACCGCGUAAAGCCAUACGAUAUCUUAAAUUUUGUACGCGAGGAAUUAGGUGAUAAACCCACACCGACGGAAAUUGUUGAAAACAUGGAACACGAGUUAGACGAAGCGCAUCGUGAAAUUCGUCGUUUACGCGGCAUUUUAAAAGAACUUGGCGUUAAUAUUCCAGACAAGCAACUUUAUGAGGCAGAUUCGCCGCCUGUUGUAAGGGUCAUUGACUUAACGGCACUUUAUGAUGAAGACAUGUCAGACUAACUAAGUUAUUUUAAACUCGAAACUACACAAGCCAUGUCAAGGUCACACAAGUAAAAGCGAGACUAAAAGUGUCAUCAAAAAAGAAAAUUAUAAACAAAGAAAAUAAGCAAAAUUCAAGAAUAAAAUGAAAGCAAAAGAAACAGAGACAAACAAUAAAAAACAAUAAAAAGAAAAGUGAAAAAAUUGGCAGAACUCUUCAAAAUAUAACUUUCUCCGAGAGUGAUUGAAAAAAUUUAAGAAAGUGUGGUUAGAAACUUGAGAACGCUGGUCUAACAUUGACAGUGACGAGGAAAUGAGAAAUUUUCCAAGGAAAAAGACAACAACAACAAUACUAUUACAAAAUAAUAUGAAUAAUAUAAAAAUACAAUAUCAAGAAAAACAACAACAAAUCAUAUAAACUUCUAUUUCCCGCAACAACAAUCGUUCAAAAUAACAACAAAAAUAAUUAUCAAACCAUACACAUGUUUGUGAAAAUUGAACACACGCAGCAGCAAACCGACGUCAAUUGACGGCAACAACGACACCAAAUUACCUAACCUAUUAAACUAAAUGCAUAUGUAACUGCCAACAAAAACAACAACAAUAGCAAUAGCAAUCACAACCGGAAACACACCGUUCAUACAACGAAAUCCUUAACAAACACACACACACGAAUACAAAAAGUGAACACGCAGGAGCAGCUCACACUAAUACUUCCAAACAUUCAUAGAAAGCAAAAGCAGUAAAAAAUCAAAACAAAAACCAGUGGAAAGUAGAAGCCAAGAAGAUUUAUGAUCAUCAAAUAUUAAAUUUGCCAACCGACUAAGCGACACAUUUUUGACAUUUGCAAACGAGAAAAGUAACACAACAACAAAAGUAACAAAACACUUGGCAGCAAGUAGCACAGGCGACGGCGACUAGGUCAGACUUAGCAAGGCGCAUUUGAGCGCGUCAAUAGGCCAGCGAGCUGCUCCGCCUGGCCUGGCGGAUGCACGUUGCGUACAGUGGUGGCGUCAACAGUGACGCGGCAGCAACAUUAAAUAAAUUGCCCAGCGCGGCAUGCUCGUGUACACACUCCACUCAUUUGUAUAGAGUGGGAGAUAUUUGAGGCUAUAUAUGGUGCACCGGCAACGCAUGAGCGUCAACUACAAUUACAAAACAUUCUAGAGGUGAACUCACGUCGCAGCCGCCACACCAGCUCAGGAUUAACAGCGACGGGCAACGGCAGCCAGCCAGUGGAAGCAGUGAGUAGUUCGGGCACCGAAAAGAAUGGCUGUGGCGAUGCGACCAAAUGGUUUACAUCAUGCAGUUUCGUUAGGCACCAUUGAGGUGGCGUCUAAGUCGUCAGCGGCUUCUAGCCAUUACGAUCGCAGUUACGACUCCGAAGAUGAGAAUAUGAGCCGACGCCGUUUGCGACACACCUCCUCCACAGAACUGUAUCCGCGCCCAUCCGUUUACUCCAAAGGCGACAUACGCGAACAGUACUGCCUAACUGAUCGUCAGCUGCAUAGCAUCGAGCGGCCGCGUCGCGAUCGCUUCUUCGGCUGUCUCUCGCGUCGUAGCGGUGUGCAGCAAUCGUUUCUGGGCGGCUGUGUGGGUCGGCGUGUGCCCUCCGAUGAGAAUUUAGCCGCGUACGCGCCCUUCUACAAAUAUCCGCGCUAUCAACGACCUUUUCAAAAUCACGACGACAAAUCGCCCGAUUCCGACAUGGAUAGUUCCUAUUUUCGACGUCAACCAGCUUCCAUAUUGAGCACUGCGAAAACGCAAGACACCGGCGUUGGCGCUGGCACAAGCUCUGUCGGUGUUGGUGUCGGCCCUGGCGCUUCAGUGGGAGGCAUGGGUAUGCCGCAGAACCAACGCUACUCCUGGAUGGGCGCUCCUAGCGGCAUUGGAAACGAGAAUGUCAACUUUACCAACGAUCCAAGCGCAAGCCUGACUUGUUGGCUAACACCGACUGAUUACCAAUAUCGGAAUAUUUAUAUGACCAACUGUUUUGCACUUUGCGCACAGAAUCAUUUUCAAAACUUCACACAUCCACUCGAAAAUGUUUGUUCGUAUCACUAUCCCACCCAUGUCGGACUGCCAGCCGGCCAGCAACUACAAAUGGGCGGCACAACACCGAGAACUAAGCAUGUCAGUUUCGCUCGCUCGCAUACACUCACCUCCUUCGACGAUGUCAAUUUGGGUUUCCGCUCCUCCGGUCGCAUGAAGACCACACGCAGUCAGGAACGUCUUAUUGGCGGCAAGAAACCGAUCAUUGCCACCGGUAACAUCUAUGAGUCCACGCAACUGCCCGCGCAUAUGGCGCAACAGCCGACGAUUUUGCAUACACAACAGCAACAACAGAUGACACAUCAGCAGCAGCAGCAGCAGCAACAACAGCAUCCACACCCGCCGACCAAUUAUAUAACAACGUUGCCACCCGCACUCGCCAUGCAUCCACAUGCACAACAAGCCGUCAUACAUCAGCAUGCGCCACAUAUUCAUCCCUCGCAUGGACAUGGCCAUUCACAUCAACAUCAUCACGGGCCACCCAUCCACAUACAUCAGUUCGUACCGACCGGUUAUGCUAGUGCCGCCGAGUUGGGAGCUCAGAUCCAAACUGAACAACCGAUUUCCUUGUUAACCGGCAGGCCUCUCGCACAUAUGGAUGAUAUGCCACUUGGUGUCAGUGGUGCUGGAGCGACGGCGCAUGGUGGUAUGAUGCCGACCGGUAUGGGUGUCUUGACGUGUGCCACGCAGGUGUUAGCACCACCCAGUCCCGAGGUGUUGGUGGUCGAAAAGAAGUUCCGUAAUGCCAUGAAGACGCAAGCCACGCAAACUGAGGUGCGAAAGGAUGGUUUCGCGCAGGUUUUGGCGCUGAGUCCACGAACUAUGCAUAAGGUGAAGGUGGUCUCACAAGGCGCGCAGACGAAUGGGCUGCUGAAUGGUAAGAAGCUCGCAAAAAGUUUAUCGGAAAUGCCGAAUGGUAAAGUGUUACCGGGGUUAGAUGACAGGCAAAUCAGAAACUUUAUCGAUCAUAACGCUGUUUAUCGCACUCAGUCGGAAGAACCGCCAAAAUCACCAUUGGAGCUUGGUGAUCCAAACAAUAUUAAUUACUACGAACCACCGCCACCGCUUGACACAAUUUCCUACUACAGUCAUCGCUCGUCACAACUGCCCUCGGAGGAGAGUAUGCCCUAUUUUCCUAAGGACGCGCUCGCUUUCGACUACGAGAGCAACAGUUUACCACGCCGCGCUUGCACUUUCCAUCGCGAGAGCAGCUUUAGCUCGAACAGUCUGCCACGCCGUGAACCACUGCAUGCACAUGAGAUAUGUAAACACAUAACCGACUGUACGGAAUUGAUGGGUGAGCCGAAUGGCGGUGUUAAUGGUGGUAAUGGCGGUUUGCUUGACUUCUCCAAGCCCCAUUUGUUGCCACCGCCGAGCGAGUACUGUAAAGAUGCCGACGAGCCACUGACAUCUACUUCCACGUUGACAGCGGAGCCCGCACCCGAACCCGAAGUUGUCGAUACAAGUCGACGUAAGUCCAUGGUAGCCGUACUGCCACCACUGGACGCUGAUAUUACGCCCACACCAUUCAGACGCGAUGACUUACGACGCCAGUCAAUGCCAAUUUAUGUAAAAACCGAAAAACUGAUUGAUGGUUUCGGUCCACGCACAUCUUUUCGCUCGAAGGUUAAACCGAAACCGGUGAUAGGCGGCAGUGAGGAAAUUUCCGGUGAUGAGAAAGAGAUCUUUAUCGACUUCAAACCAAAUGUUAUGAUGAAAGCGAGCGCACAAGUUCCACAAGCUAAAUACCGACCAAUCUAUAAGCCACUACCGCCAACAGUAGCGCAGCUUGAGGAAAGCAAACAACAGAAAGCGGUUGAAGAAUGUGAAAACUGUCGCGCACUACAAGCAGGCGAACCACGUUCCUCCAUCAGUGAAGAUGACUACGAGGAUGAGGCUGAGCCGGAACAGGCCACAGAUAUAGAAGACGAAAAAGCCAAGCAAGAAGAAAGCGAUCAACAUGAUCCAUUAUACGAGAAUGUACCCGCAAGUGCGCCGAGUAUGGCAGCCGAACGACGCGCCAGCAUGCGCAAACGUUCCGUGAGCUUGGAUGAACAAAAUGUCUCGCCUGAAAAAGGUAACGGCAUCUCGGCGCCACCAAGUCCUUGCCGCGAGGAAUUGCUCUUCGCAAAUGCAUCCACAUACCCAUCCUCGGAUUCGCUCGCGAACGACGUAACACGCGAUCACUCAGAUGGCAUUUGGAAUGAAUCGCAGGUUACCGUACUAACUGCCGAACCGCCGAAGGAAGGCACCGAAGGCGCAUACACCAAUGCAAAUAUGCUGCUGACACCAACGACGCGGCGGAAAAAUCUACUGCUGCAACACCAACAACGCAGCUCCGUGGAUACGGACGCAUUGGAUUUGGAGGACACACAAGUGGAUUUGAGUCCCACCUAUGGCAUUGCGGUGAACGCACUACCCACCACCGCUAAGAGCGCUAAAUCCGGCGCGCUUAUCACACAACAACCGCAAGCGAGUCGCGAGCCCAAACCGACCACGCUAACGGUGCCGCAGAAAAUCACCACACCCUCAAUCGCAGUCACACCCAGUCUACCGUUGGCCAAAGAGAUCUCACCCAAAAAAUCACCAGGCACAAGUAAACGCGUCGUGCAGGAGCUACCCACACUAACACGCGAUGGACGACGUACAUCCGACGUGCAGCAGGCGCGUGCUGCCAGCGACGCGAUCAUGACCGCCGCAGCUACUUUGAACAACAACAGCAACAACAAGUUCAAUAACACCACAGAUGUGUCGGAGUGCAGCACGAAUACCGACGAGUAUGCCACUUGUACUGACACGUCGAAGCGCACGCCAGUGUCGACACAAAGUUCACAGAUUGACCGUACGCAAGGUUCAUCCUUUGAGAGCGCCUCUUCACUCUACUCAACGCGCGGUGAAGUGCUGACCGAGGAUAUACUGCAGCAUGAUGAAAAACCCACUAAACCGCAUAAGCUCGAGCGCGAGCUGCAGCUCAAGUCGCCUGUGCCCACAGCAGAGCAGGCGAAACGUUCACCCUCGCACUCGAUUAGCAGCACAUCGUCGGGCAGCUAUAAUGUCGCUGGGCUGGCGACACCAUCGCCAUCUGCGAAGGAUGCGGAGAAGCGUGUGGAGCCAGCUGAGAAAGCAACAGCGUCGGCUACCAAAGCUCUGCACGUCAAAAGUGUUGGUGCGCCAACCGCCAGCGUCGAACCGUCCGCUGUACGUGAGAAGCCACGCAUCAAACCCGAAUCCAUAUCGGAUGAUGAACGUAGUGAGGUACGCUACUCAUCGUCCGGCUACUAUGAGAGUCCACACGAUGAUGAUCAUGUGAUCAAGUCACGACGUCAUCGUCUCGAUGAGGAACGUAAACGUCGUAAGACGACAAUGAAACUAGACAUCGAAAAGGAGAAUUUACGCGCGCUCACUAGUCCGAUUAAGAAGCCAGCAUCGGCAAUGGCCGGCGCACAUGCCACGCCUUUAGCUGCGGCGGUUGCGGCAGCCACAAAGGAGAAAAUAACAGAGAAACAGUCCACCACUAGUGGGCACGCCAUUGAAACUACAAGUCCGAAUCGCAUUAAACGUUUCCGUCCAAAGAUACGUCGUCAAUUUAGACGGAGUUCACGCGAUGAUAGUACCCCGAAGCGACAAAAAAAUUUGGUGAAUUCGUACGGCAUGCCGCCGACAGCGGGUAGCGCCGAGAAGCUGUUGGAUUACAGCGUUAGCGUUAAGAAGGAGGAAGAACGGGAGGACAUACAUGUAACGGAGAGCAAGACGAGUAAAAUCACAACACCGCAUACUGCCACCGCUGCCGUGACCGCCAAAACCACAAAAUCUGCAUCAGAUGUGUGUCAGCUGAAAGCAAAAUCUAUAGAGUCUCUACGUUCCGUCUCGCCCGGUUCCGAUUCGGUGUUCUACAGUGAAGCAGAUGGUCCGGUGCAGGAGCCACAUAGUCAUUGCCUGCACUGCGGUAAGGGUACAGAGGGUCAGACUACUAAUAUAAGCGCAUUGGCUGGCGACUCUGUCGAAUCACUGCCGUAUAUGGGAAAUGAGCAUGAGCAGGAUAUUGUAAAACCGCCCUCGGACUUCGCAGACUCACCGGUAACUGCGAAAACAACGCAACGUCUUUAUAAGAAGAUGGACAAACGUUUUCGCUCUGAAGAGCGUUAUCAUGCAGGCGAACGUGGUCGACAUUAUAAGACACGCCAGGAGAAUAUACGCGCAAAGAGCGAAGAACGCAGUCGCGAGAGCGUACACUCACGUAGUCCACAGAGCUUACGUCCAGCCGGUUCGAGUCCGUGUGUACUGCCAGAUGCAGCGGUUGAGCAGAGCCAGCAGAUUAUCUAUCGUGGUCAUUACGAUCCAGCGCGUUAUUCACGCCUCACCGACGCCGAUGUUUGGACCCAGCUAAAUCACCAAAGUUUCGAUCGCCAACGUGAUCGCCGUCCGUCAACGGAGUCGGAGCGCAGUUUUCACUCAAAGUAUCAAGUCAUACUACAUCGUUUGGUGCAGCGACGUUGCACCUUGGAAAUGUAUCAUCGCCAACGGAACAAUAAUUUCCGGCUUAUGGCGCUGUUCUGUUUGGGACCACAUAUUGUCAAAAACACCACGGAUAAACAAAAAAUCGUGUCAAAACACCUAAGUAGUACGAUGAUUGAACUAAUAACCUCAAACUCGUCGUCGGAUUCCUUGCGACGCAAACUGGAGGAUCUGCUGAAAUUAAUGCUCUUGGUAUGGGCGCGCGAAUCACAUGUGAUUUCAAAGCUUACAGCGGGAGAAAGGGGUGUUGACAAAACGAUUGUGGUUAAGAGUGAGUCUGGUGAAUUUGGUUUUCGCAUACACGGCUCGAAACCGGUCGUGGUCGCCGCCAUUGAACCCGAAACACCGGCAGAGAGCUCUGGACUCGAAGUUGGCGACAUAAUCAUAUCGGUGAAUGGCGUUGAGGUCUUGGAUAAACAUCAUACCGAAGUGGUAAAGAUCGCACACGAUGGUUGUGAGACACUCGAGCUGGAGGUGGCGCGCACAAUCGGUGUGCUCAUGCAUGAGCAACAAGAGCCGCCGAGCCAACCGAUCUUUAGCGGCUAUUUGUGGCGACAGAGCGGCCAAGCGAAAGGCGCACCGAAUACGAAAAAAUGGGUGCGUCGCUGGUUCUCGUUGCGACCGGACAACUGUCUGUACUAUUAUAAAACCGAAGAUGACAAUCAACCCGUUGGCGCUAUGAUCAUGGCCAAGCAUACAGUUGAUCACUGCCCGCCUGAGGUCGGUAAGCCAUACGCCUUCAAAAUUGACUCCGGCGAAGGCAUACCAUUGUAUGUGGCCGCGGAUACGGAGGAGCUGUCCAGCCGUUGGAUUAAGUUGCUCAAGCAAGCGGCCACACAGGGCACACCCUGGCUGGAUAAUAGCGCGCACAAUCUCUACCAACCGCCGUGCAGCAUUACACGUCCGGACUGUUUCGGUUACCUGUUGAAAUUGGGCUCCCGCUGGUGUGGCUGGUCGAAGCGCUACUGUGUGCUGAAGGAUGCUUGUUUGUAUUUCUAUCAGGAUGCUAAUAGUAAGACGGCAUUUGGUAUGGCUUGUCUGCAUGGCUAUAAGGUAUCAUCGAUGUCGACAAAUGCCUCAGGCAAGAAGAAUUCCUUCGAGAUUAUACCGCCAGAGACCAAACUGCGACAUUAUUAUUUCUGCACCGAAUCGGAAAUGGAUAAAAAGAGAUGGAUUUCGGCUCUUGAAUAUUCAAUCGAUCGUUGGAUAAAAUCCGGGUAACUAAGAUUGAAAACUAUAGGGAGCAAGCGCAAGCGUAGUUUCAGUUACUACAUUGAGUAAAAAUAUGGAACAGAAAGUGGAGAAAAAUACUGAAAAUUGAAAAGAGGUGUGUCAGAGUGUCGAAGAGUACGACUUGGCUGCCACGUAAGAAUUAUAGACGAUAUACAACUUAAAAUAAAUAAAAUUGGAUAAAUGUAAUGGAAAAAGUCACUGCAACUGAUUACAUUUUAAGGCAUAUUAAGUAGAUAUACAAAUACUUUUAAGCAAACCAAAAUAAAAAGAAAUCAUGUUAAGUGAAACUGAGAGCAGAAGAACUAAAGCACUAGAACUGAUAUACGGCGUAUUUCAAAGGGAAGCAAAAUAGUAAGCAAAAAUAGAUCUGACAAGAAGUUGGAAAGCAUAUUACAGGAGCUUGAAUUGGAAAAGAAAAGUAGUUGAAAUGAAAGGAAAUGUAUAUUAGAAAAUAUUUAUUUUAAAUUAAGCGGUAAAAAUAUUAAAUUCAAGCUCAAGAUUGUAUUCAAUAUAAAUAAAAAAAAGCAUCUGAAAAAUAUUGUAAAAGAUUAAAAUUCGACAAGUGUAAAUACAAAAAAGCCAAAGAUUAAUAUAUAAAUAUAAUUGAAACUGUUUUUGAAUAUUAUAAUAGAAAAUAUGUGAAUGUAAAUACAGUUUGUAUGUAGAAAUUUCAGCAUUUAGCCAACAAUUAUUUACAUAGAUGUCAAGCAAAACCGUUAUUUACAGUGACGACCACUAAAAUUAGCUUUCGUUCAAACACGAGCACACCACUAAUUAAUGAAUGAAAAAUUAAAAUUAAAAGUAAUUUAGGAAUCAAUGAGAAGAAAUGAAAAGAAUAAUGCCAAAUAAUUAGCGUUGAUAUUGAAAAAUA